GGAAAACAUAGAUUUGCCCUUCCUAUAAAGCUACUCCACGUUCCUGAAACUGGCGGGAAUUCAACACACAACCUCCCAAAACCCUCCCCCAUUAACAAUGAGCACCACUGGCAGCACCAGGAAACGCGCGGCGCCGCCGCCUAAUCCGGCGGCAACUCCAUCUCCUCAGCUGAAGCAUCAUGCGACGACGGAAGAAGAGGAUUUAGACGAGGACAUAUUCCUCGAGGAAACCCUCCUGCAGUACGAGGAGGAGGAUGCCCAGCGCAAUGCCUUCGCCGACCGUCUUAUCAAGUGGAAGCGUCCGGCACUUCCCCCCUCGUACCUAUCCCAGUCUCAGAACAUUGUCUUCCAGCAGUUGGAAAUAGAUUAUGUAAUUGGAGAUAGCCACAAAGAACUUCUGCCAAAUUCUUCAGGCCCCGCUGCAAUUAUUAGGAUUUUCGGAGUGACCAAAGAAGGACAUAGUGUUUGCUGUCUCGUACAUGGGUUUGAACCAUACUUCUACAUCAGCUGCCCUCCAGGCAUGGGUCCUGAUGAUAUCUCUCGUCUCUAUCAAGUUCUUGAGGGUAGGAUGAGAGAAGCAAAUCGAAAUAAUAAGGUACCCAAAUUUGUUCGUCGUAUUGAAUUGGUUCAGAGAAGAAGCAUUAUGUUUUAUCAACAGCAGAAGUCACAGCCGUUUCUUAAAAUUGUAGUUGCGCUGCCCACAAUGGUUACCAGCUGUCGUGGUAUCCUUGACAGAGGUAUUAAUAUUGAUGGAAGCACGAAGAGCUUUAUUACAUAUGAGAGUAAUGUUCUUUUUGCUCUCCGCUUUAUGAUUGAUUGCAACAUAGUUGGGGGCAACUGGAUUGAGGUUCCUAAUGGAAAAUAUAAGAAGACAGCACAAAGUUGCUCCUAUUGUCAGUUAGAGUUCGAUUGUCUUCAUGCUCCUGAAGGGGAAUUCUCAAAGAUGGCUCCAUUUCGCAUAUUAAGCUUUGACAUUGAGUGUGCUGGGAGAAAAGGCCAUUUUCCUGAGCCCACUCAUGAUCCUGUUAUCCAGGUAGCCAAUCUAGUAACCUUACAGGGAGAAAAUCAGCCAUUUGUUCGCAAUGUGAUGACCCUUAAGUCUUGUUCACCAAUUGUUGGCGUUGAUGUCAUGUCAUUCGACACUGAAAAGGAGGUCUUUUUAGCUUGGAGGGUAAUGUUCCUGGCACUUGAUUUUAUUCGUGAAGUGGACCCAGAUAUUAUAAUUGGCUAUAACAUCUGCAAAUUUGAUUUGCCAUACCUCAUUCAGAGAGCAGAAGUAUUGGGGAUAGCGGAAUUUCCAGUACUUGGGCGCAUGCGGAACACCAGGGUCCGAGUCAAAGAUGCAAAAUUUUCAUCAAGGCAAUUAGGAACCAGGGAAAGUAAAGAAGUUACAAUCGAAGGGAGAGUUCAGUUUGAUUUGCUACAGGCUAUGCAAAGGGAUUACAAAUUAAGUUCUUACUCCCUCAAUUCUGUUUCUGCACACUUCCUUAACGAGCAGGUUGAAUGUCUGAAAAUAUUACUGGCUUCUAGAUAUAAUAAAGAGGAUGUCCAUCAUUCGAUUAUAUCUGACCUUCAGAAUGGGAAUUCAGAGACCAGGAGGCGUCUUGCUGUAUAUUGUUUGAAGGAUGCUUACCUUCCACAACGCUUACUAGAUAAGUUAAUGUUUGUUUAUAACUAUGUGGAGAUGGCUCGUGUAACUGGUGUUCCCAUGUCAUUUCUACUUUCCAGAGGGCAGAGCAUUAAGGUGCUGUCUCAGCUUCUACGGAAAGCAAAACAAAAGAAUCUAGUCAUACCAAAUGUGAAACAGGCUGGAUCAGAACAGGGAUCCUAUGAGGGUGCAACUGUUCUUGAAGCCAGAGCAGGAUUCUAUGAUAAGCCUAUUGCAACACUUGAUUUUGCAUCUUUAUAUCCAUCAAUUAUGAUGGCAUAUAACUUAUGUUAUUGUACACUGGUAACCUCAGAAGAUGCCCGUAAACUUAAUUUGCCUCCAGAAUGUGUCAAUGAAACUCCAUCUGGCGAAAAGUUUGUCAAAUCGAAUUUACAGAAGGGGAUACUGCCAGAAAUUCUUGAAGAACUUUUGACUGCACGUAAAAGGGCUAAAGCAGAUUUGAAGGAAGCAAAAGAUCCUCUUGAGAAAGCUGUGUUAGAUGGUCGGCAACUGGCUUUAAAGAUAAGUGCAAAUUCCGUAUAUGGAUUUACUGGAGCUACCAUCGGCCAGUUACCUUGUUUGGAGAUAUCUUCAAGUGUAACCAGCUAUGGUCGACAGAUGAUUGAACACACCAAAAAACUAGUUGAAGAUAAAUUCACUGUGCUUGGGGGCUAUGAGCACAAUGCCGAGUCAAAGCAGUUUCCGUGGCUUGUUAAGGAUGUCGUGUUGCACUGCACGUUGUUUGUGCUGAAAAGGAAAGAUACCUUUUAUUUAUUUUAUCAGUUCAUGUCUAUAAACAUGUUGCAGAGGCAUAGCUUAAGUCAUAGACAGAUCACUCCCCUUCUGAUCAAUUUGCUCUGUUCCUUUGAAGUCAUAUAUGGAGAUACAGAUUCUGUGAUGGUGCAGUUUGGUGUGUCCUCAGUUGAAGCAGCCAUGGACUUGGGUAGGGAAGCUGCUGAUUAUAUCAGUGGGACCUUCAUCAAGUUAAAAUCUGAUUUCUCCAAAUUAUCUGAUCUAUUUGUGAAAAUUGUUAUCUCGGGUCCGCCGAUUAAACUAGAGUUUGAAAAAGUUUACUAUCCAUAUCUGCUAAUUAGUAAAAAGAGGUAUGCUGGUCUUUACUGGACAAAUCCAACAAAGUUUGACAAGAUGGACACCAAAGGUAUUGAAACCGUUAGAAGGGAUAAUUGCUUGUUGGUCAAAAACCUUGUGAGUGAGUGCCUCAAUAAAAUAUUGAUAGACAAAGAUAUCCCUGGGGCAGUUCAGUAUGUCAAGAAUACAAUCUCAGAUCUUCUCAUGAACCGAAUGGAUUUAUCCCUGUUGGUUAUCACCAAGGGUCUCACGAAAACAGGAGAUGACUAUGAAGUUAAAGCAGCACACGUGGAGCUCGCGGAACGAAUGCGCAAGAGAGAUGCUGCUACCGCUCCAAAUGUCGGGGAUCGAGUACCUUAUGUCAUUGUAAAAGCGGCCAAAGGGGCUAAGGCAUAUGAAAGAUCGGAGGAUCCCAUCUAUGUGUUGGAAAACAACAUUCCCAUAGACCCCAAUUACUACCUUGAAAAUCAAAUUAGCAAGCCAUUGCUGAGGAUCUUUGAACCUAUCUUGAAGAAUGCUAGUAAAGAGCUUCUUCAAGGAAGUCAUACAAGAUCUAUUUCUAUCUCUACUCCUUCAACCGGUGGCAUCAUGAAGUUUGCAAAAAAGCAACUGACUUGCAUAGGAUGCAAGGCUUUGAUUCGUGAAUCCGAUCAUACUCUAUGUGCGCACUGCAAAGGAAGAGAAGCAGAACUCUACUGCAAAUCCGUAGCUAAUGUUGCGGAAUUGGAGGAGCUUUUUGGUAGGCUAUGGACACAAUGCCAAGAGUGUCAAGGCUCGCUUCAUCAGGAUGUCCUUUGCACUAGUCGGGAUUGUCCAAUAUUUUAUCGGAGGAAAAAAGCCCAGAAAGACAUGGCUGAAGCCAAAUUACAACUAGACCGGUGGAGUUUCUGAUGUUGAAAAGCGUCUUUUUAUAUCGUGAUAAGUCAUGCUGACUAUCAUCCUGGGAUCAAUUCAAGUGCUUUCUAACUCAUUUUGUAAAUCCUGCACACCAAAUUAUUCUACUAAAUGGAAGCCGGUCAUACUCUUACUGUCAUUUGUUUGUUUAGCUGUCUUUUAUGCCAGCUUCUUAGGAAAAGUACGUUUAUUCACCAGAAAACAGCAACUCAAGGUGACUGAAAGUACAAUUUUUAGACAUUUGUAGCUGAGGCUAAGCCAAAUCAUUCAAAAAGUUUCCAAGGCUUUUGUGCUUAAGGUUUCCAUGUACUUGAUUGUGACACUGUCUUAGGUGUUGUGAUGUGCUUCAUAAUACGCUGUGGAUUGAAAGCAGUCAAGGGGUUGGUUCUGAUGGAUUUGUUAACCUGUUGAAUGUAUAUCAUUUGUAGUUUGUACCCAAGUCUGUUUUCAUAUUUCUUUUCCCGUUUAAGUAACAUGCAAACUGCGUGUAUCUUAAGGGUGUGGUUGGAUAUGGAUUUGAUUGGUUUUUUUUUUUUUAACUAUAGUUAAUUUUGAAAAAUGUGGUAUGAUUAGUUGUCAGUGAGUAUAUUAAAAUAAUAUUUUGAAUAAAAUAAUUAAAGUUGAUUUGAUGUAAAAGU